UACACCAAAGGCACCAGCUGUAAUCUCAGUGUGUUUGUGCCUUCAAAAUCCCUCCUUUCCUCGCUGCUCCAGAGCAGGGAUGGGAACCCACACAGACCUGUGAUUAUUACCCACACCUCUUCAAAGAGCAUGUUGUAGGUAAACAAUGAUUAUCCCCAGCAGUUGGCUGCCUCUCUACUUUGCAAGCCUAGGGCUAUGUUACAUCUUGACCUUCAGUAGCAUGUUUUUCUUUCACUGGAAGAAAGUCGUCCAGCGGGAGCAACAUGCAAAAGCGUGGGUUGAGCUGAUGAGGAGCGAAACAUUCUUCCCCAAUGCAGUAGUUCACUGGGCUAACAAGAGAGCUCAUUAUGGGAUUAAAGCAGAGGUAUGCACUCCUGAGUCCAGUGCCAGCCCAAAGCAAAAUGGCAAAAGCUUUGACAGGGAGAACACCACAGGCAGGGAUGGAGCUUUCUUCCCUUCCCUCACAGGUGUGAGUUCAUACAAACUGGUGUUUCAGGAGCUGCCAUGGGCUUAUUCACUCUCCAGCCUGCCACCGCUGCUCCAUCAUUCAACCUCUUAUCCUUUUUCAGCCAUUCCAUCAAGGACUGUUCCAUUCAGCUCUCUUCCUGACUUUGUUACAUUAGGAAAUGUGAGAUGCCACCUCAGUAAUGGCAACUCUGCUUGUGAGAUAUAACUCAUGACAGACCCACAGUGGACUGCAUCAUUUGGGAUGGAAACCAAAAUAAAACAGAGAAAACUUUUUAAAGUCAAAUAAAACAAGCUACUGUCACCAGAAUACUUUCAAAAGGUACCUUAAAUGGGUUUUCCUUGUUACUCACAAGACACGUAGGGGCUGCAGUAGAGAUACUUCCCCCUUUGAGGGAAUUAAACCUGAACAACCCCUAUUUCAACUUCUAUAUGUACAUCUCCAGUUAGGAUUAAACCGGCUAUUUGAUUCCUCAUGAAAUCUCCACAAAAGCCAUUUGCCCAGCUUCGCAGUUUGCUUUGCAUCUUCACAUCAUUCUGACUAGUAUAGAAUGCACCUUCUCUUAUUUUCAUGUCCAAACCCCUGAUCAAAACACUAUCAAAAU